CAGUAAUUGUGAGCCUCGCACGGCUUUUACAGUGAGGGUGAGUGCAAACGAUACAUCAAUAUGAGGUAUCAAACAGAGACUUAGAUGUUCCCUCUAAGUGGCUGCUCAUUUCCUGGAGUCGUAACAUGGGCUAAAGGUUAACUUGCCCGUUUCUCUGUGGAGGAAAAAAAAACCUACGGGUGGGAGAAGAAGAAUGGGAGAGAGUUGCUUCAUAUUCUGCCCUACCUAGAGGGACUGAAUAAGGCAUACCGUGGUAUUUGUUCAGAUCUCUCCCUCCACCCGCAAACUGGAUUAUUUUGCUAAUCAGACUUCAGUGCAUCGAAGAUAAAAGAGAGAAUCUGUUGCCUAGAUAGGAGGCUUUAAUGAGCAGCUGCGCCCCUGGGGACUGCAAGCUGAAGUCGAAGGCUGCCGCUUUCCGGUCUCUUGUCAUUUCUUCACUUGCUCCUUCGCCUCCUUUCUCUCCACACACCCCCAAUGGGCCUAAGCGAGCGGGAACUGUCCAAGGUGCUAGAAUGCUGGCUGUUUGGCUGCUGAAUGCAAGAAGAUUGCAGAAAAAGAGGAGUACCAGAUUACUGCUUAUAGCCGAAGGUAGGCUUGCUCUUUGUUUGAGAAUCCCUGAUUAAUCAACAACAGCAUCGAGGGAGAGGGAGAGAGAGAGAGAGAAAGACUGCCUGUAGUCACAGGGAGAGAGACAGAGACAGAGGGAGACUGUUUCAGAUCUUCAGUGUUUAGUUGGCAAUGAGAGAGACAGAGAGCAUCUUUUUCUGCCGCAAGAAGCCAUUUGAAUAGGAUGUGUUCUAUCCCUUCUUUUCCUUUCUUUUGGUCUUCACAGCGUCCACUCCAAUGAGGCACCUUAGCCACCUUUGUAUCAUCGCAUAUGUUGGUGCUGUAAUCUUCUGUGUGGUGAAGUGGAUACAAAAAAAUCCUCCCAGUUCUUUUCUGUUGGACUUUGAAUCAGGGUACUGUUGGUGCCCCCCUGAUACCUUGGCUCUUCUUUCUCUGCAUGUGGAUUUAAAAUGCCUGCUCCAAUCCUUUGCCCCGCCACAUUUUUGAAAGUCAAACUUUAAAAGGCUAUUUAAUCCUAUAUGGAGAAGAUCUCUCUUUUUAAUACAACAAACACUACUGACUACUAGAGAUGUAGAAUUCUACAAUCUGGACAUCUUUGCCAAGAAGAUCUCAAGCACUUUAAGAGAAGAAAAAACUGAGCCAGUCUGCAAAAUCUUUUUUUUUUUGUAUGGUGCUGAAAUAUCCCUUCAGACUGCACUGAGAUAACCCGCAGGAAAGGGCUUUUACAGACAAAAGUCACCUUUAAUUGUUGCACUUAGUGGUCCUCUGAGGACUUUAAUUUUGGUACGAAGUGUUUGCCUCUGUUUACUGUUUUCCACAAGAUGAUGAAUUCUAAUCAGGAGGAGGUCACUUUGGGCACUUUUCUCCAGUACAUUGAAGAUAUGGGCAUGAAGGCCUAUGAUGGCUUGGUGAUACAGAAUGCGUCUGACAUUGCUCGAGAGAACGAUCGCAUGAGGAACGAAACAAACCUGGCAUACUUGAAAGAAAAGAACGAAAAGCGCCGGAAACAAGAAGAAGCAAUAAAACGCUUAGGUGGUGAAGUGGUGCGAGGAAAUGAAGGAGGCUAUGUGGGCAAGCAUUUCCGCAUGGGAUUUAUGACGAUGCCCGCUCCUCAGGACAGACUACCACACCCGUGUUCUAGUGGCUUCACCGUGAGAUCCCAGUCACUUCAUUCUGUUGGAGGUACUGACGAUGAAAGCAGCAGCUGCUCUCGCAAGCAACCACCACCCAAGCCCAAACGCGACCCCAAUACCAAGCUAAGCACAUCUUCUGAAACUGUAAAUGCUGGAACAACGAGUAAGAGUGGAAAGUUACCAGACAGGACUGAAGUGUCAUCUAAACCAAGGCCUCACAGUGAUGAGUACACUAAGAAGAUUCCACCUCCUAAGCCAAAACGGAAUCCAAACACUCAACUAAGUGCAUCUUUUGAUGAGACAUACAUCAAAAAGCAUACCCCCACAAAAUCAGCUCUAAGUCGGGAUGCCUCCUUGUCUCAGGUCAGCAGUCCUGCUCCAGACACAGAGGAAGAAGAACCUGUUUAUAUCGAAAUGGUUGGGAAUAUAUUAAAAGAUUUCAAAAAAGAUGAGGAGGACCAAAGUGAGGCAGUAUAUGAGGAAAUGAAGUACCCCAUCUUUGAUGAUGGAGGCCAAGAUUCAAAAUGCCCAUGUGAGUAUGACCAUCACAGCUGUUCUUCUCAGUGUGCUACUCCCACAGUGCCUGACCUUGAAUUCUCCAAGUCCUCAGUGCCAUCCACUCCCAAGGGUGUGCUUUGUGAUAUCCCCCCACCAUUUCCAAAUUUGCUUUCUCAUAGACCUCCACUCCUGGUUUUUCCACCUGCACCAGUGCAAUGCUCCCCAAAUUCUGAUGAGUCUCCUCUAACACCUCUGGAAGUCACCAAGCUUCCUGUGUUAGAAAAUGUGUCUUAUAUCAAACAGCAAGCUGGAGCUUCUCCAUCUUCACUGCCACCUCAUACUCUAAGUCAUCAAAAACUGGAGAAAGACCAGUCAAUAUCUCAUGGAACUAGUACUCCAGGGCACUCCUCUUCACCUCCUCAUCCUUCUACCUUAUACAGAACACAGUCUCCACAUGGCUAUCCCAAAAGGCACUCUGCCUCUCCCUCUCCUGUGAGUAUGGGUCGGUCACUUACCCCCUUAAGUCUCAAAAGACCUCCUCCUUAUGACUCUGUACAUUCAGGAAGUCUCUCAAGAAGUUCUCCAUCAGUGCCUCAUUCUACAGCCAGAAAUAUAUUGCAAGAAGGGGGGAAAAUGGUAAACGCCUCUGUCAAUACCUAUGGGUCAUCAUCGCAGAGUGGUUCACGUUCUAGAACGCCUACCAGUCCUCUAGAGGAAUUAACUAGCCUUUUUACCUCAGGACGAAGUUUACUGAGGAAAUCCUCCAGUGGAAGAAGAUCUAAGGAGCCUGCAGAGAAGCCGUUAGAUGAACUGAAGAUCAGAAGCCACAGCACUGAACCACUACCAAAGCUGGAAAACAAAGAAAGAGGAGGUCACCAUGGGACAUCUUCCUCCAGAGAGCCAAUAAAAGCUCAGGAAUGGGAUGGGACACCAGGACCACCAGUUGUGUCCAGUAGACUUGGAAGGUCUUCAGUCAGUCCAACAAUGCUGGCAGGAAAUAACAGCUCGGUGCUACUCCUCUGCUGGUCCCAGAACACCAGAGACAAAAUAGAACCUAAAGCAAGUUGUCGAUUGGGACGAUCAGCAUCCACAUCAGGUGUGCCUCCUCCCUCCGUUACUCCUCUCAGGCAAGCCAGUGAUCUGCAACCGAGCCAGAAUCAACCCCACUGCACACCCAGUAGGAGAGGAAAGAAACCUACAAGAACCAGGAGAGAACAGCCAAUUCCACAGCCUAGUAAUGUACACAAUUACAGUAAAGUAACAUGUAUGCAGUGGUUGCAUGGAGACCAUACAAUGCUGGAAAUGAUUGAGAAAAAACGUUGCCUGUGCAAGGAAAUCAAGGCUCGCCAGAAAUCUGAGAAAGGACUUUGUAAACAGGACAGUAUGCCCAUCCUGCCAAGCUGGAAGAAAAACACGGGGACCAAGAAGUAUAGUCCUCCUCCAUAUUCCAAGCAACAAACUGUUUUCUGGGAUACUGCAAUAUGAUAGGAGCAUGGAGGAUUGUCUUCUGCACAUGGCUGCAACAUGCGCUGUUAACACUCCUUCCUAUUACAACAGUGGCUGGGACCUAAUUUCAGGUGAAGAGCUACCUAGGAUGCAAGCGGAGUAGUAUCCAUCUAGCAAUCUGAAGCAAAAUCUUCAUCUCCCACUGAAUGAAGGCAUGCAUAUUUGGGAAGGAUUCUGUUGAUUCCAGAAAAAUAAUGAGAUGUAAAUAUUUCUGCCAGUUUCUCAACAAGAAUCCUGAGUUAAGACACUCUUGAAAAAUAUAAUGCAAAAUUGUAUGAACAUUUUACUCAUGCUAUUUAACUGUUUUCUGUGUGUUACCUUUAUGCUGUUUUGUUUUUGUUUUUUAAAACUAUUUAGAAUUAUCUCAUCCUGUCUACAUUUGGUGCCCUUACAAAAGCAUGUAGUUGUCCAUUUUUGCUUUAAUGCUACAAAUGUUCAAAUUCAACUGGUGCUAGGAAUGUAGAAGUUAGGUACCCAUAUUCAUUAGAUUCAUUUUCUGUAAUUUUGGGGGGCAAAAAGUGGAGAGAACCAUAACAAUGCAGCUUAAAUACAAUUCCUUUAGAGGUCCAA